AUGGAUGGCAGACCACCUACUGAGGGCCCCAACCAAGCCAAAAGUGCUGGAGCUUCUGAUGCUCGACGUACCUCUGAUGAUCCUGACAAGCCUGACCCUGAGCUUUUGGCACUGAUGAGGAACAGCGUGAGAUAUCUCACACUUACAGAGUCCCAGGAUGACGACAACAAUAGAAACCGGCCAACCGGGCACGAAUCGCGCUCUCCUCCUUUACCCCCUCAACCAGAACCAACGCCCACGUCAACUGCCGCUCCUACUCCCUCCGGAACACCGGGCAUCGCCAGUCUCCUUCCCCAGGUCCGCCGGUUCAAGGCGUUUAUGACGCAGGAAGAAAUUGACGAACACAAGACAACAGCCCCAACCCACAUCGCCGACUUUCUACCACCACCCAACAAUCAUCCCGAAGAUGAUAACACUCCCAAAUCACCCCAUCCCACCACUCCCCCCGGGUCAGGCGGCAUCAGCAUCCCCGUGAGCCUCUCCUUUCGGCCAAUCAUUAAAAAGCUCGAUGCGGUGGAGGAGCAGCAGAGCCAAGAGCCAAAGCAGGAGGCAUCAACACCCGCCCCACACAAACGAAACAAGAGUCACGGCGACCACAUCGACACCGCCAUCCGCACCCGUCUCCCGGAUUCUGCCUCUCCCAAGCCCAGGGCAAAUUCCGAGGGGGUCUCCAUCCCGACUCCUACACGUCCCCCUCCCCCUCCACUGGUAGAAGCACAGCUCAGGUCCUCUGUUGGCACUAUGGAUACGAACAAGACCCCAAAGAAGGUGGUCAGUCCUAGUUUUGGGCGUUUGAUGGAGAGGGAGCUUUCUUCUGGUGGUCCAAGUCUGACUCUAGCUGGUCCAUCGAGUGCAGCUCCUUCUUCAGCUGGCGCAAGAGGGGCAAGGGGUACCUUGAUCAAAGAUCCGUCUGGGAGGAUCUUUGAUAUCGAGUUUAUGAGGGAAAAAUGGCAGAAUUCCGCGGUUGCGGAGACGAAACAAGCUGCUGCUGGGGUGGAGAAGACGUUGAUGGGGAUCAGUGAGACAUUGAAGAGCAUUCGACUGGACCAUGCUGAUGAAAAGGACGAGAAGGCCAAGGUUCAGAAGGCUAAUAAAGGCGAGGAGGAGGAGAAGAAGAAGAAGGAUGAUGGAGACGGUAAAGACGAUGAGAAGAAAUUACAAGGCCCCAAGGAGAAAGAUGGUGGUGGUGAUGCCACGGCAUAG